ACCCACCUCGGAUCCCAAAGACUAACCCUGGUUAAUCUUCCCCCGCCACGACACCCACGUGUCCAUCACUCAACAGUCCAGAUCCCUCUCCUUCCUCUAUAAAAUCCCUUCUAUAUCUCUCUCUCUCUCUCUCUCUUGUAACCCUAACUACCCUACAAAACGAAAUAAAUCACCAAACACACUAACUUCUUCUCUCUCCAACUAUGGCUUCAAACCCUAAGGUCUUCUUUGACAUGACGAUCGGUGGCCAACCGGCUGGUCGGAUUGUGAUGGAGCUCUUCGCUGAUUGCACUCCCCGCACGGCGGAGAACUUCCGUGCCCUCUGCACCGGCGAGAAAGGCGUCGGCCGUAGCGGCAAAUCCCUCCACUACAAAGGCUCAAAUUUCCACCGCGUGAUCCCCAAUUUCAUGUGCCAAGGAGGCGACUUCACAGCCGGAAACGGAACCGGAGGCGAAUCCAUCUACGGAGCAAAGUUCGCCGACGAGAACUUCCUCAAGAAGCAUACCGGACCCGGCGUCCUCUCCAUGGCGAAUGCUGGACCCGGAACUAACGGAUCUCAGUUCUUCAUUUGCACGACUAAGACCGAGUGGCUCGAUGGAAAGCACGUCGUGUUUGGACAAAUUGUUGAAGGCAUGGAUGUGGUUAGAGCCAUUGAGAAGGUUGGGUCCAGCGGUGGAAGGACUUCGAAGCCUGUUGUUAUUGCUGACUGUGGACAGCUUUCUUAAAAAAAAAAAACUUAAUUCGGGGUUUUUAUGCUUCUUUUUAUGAUCACUGUGUUUGGGCUAUGUCGUUUUCAAGAACUUUCUUUAUGUAGAUUUUAUGAACUACCAUGAAUAACGUAAGUUUUUAUCAUAAUCAUCAUAUACGUACCUUUAUUCAGAUAAAAAUAUCCAUUUGGUCUU